GGGCGGGCCCUGGCGGCGGCACGGCGGGCAAGGAACGGGCACGGAGCGGGCAGGGAGCGGAUGGCUUGUGGGUGAUGCGUUGUGCAACUGCCUCAAGUUUCUCCUACAAGAUGUGUUCCCCAAAUCCAGCAAACUGGGUCACCUUUGAUGAUGAGCCUCUCUUCCAGUCACCUCAGAAACUGGUUGACAAUCAGAGUAGUUGCAAACCAAAUGGCCUUAAGCUCAACUUGUCCAGUGUUCAUGAGUCUUCAAGUAGGUCAUCCUCUACAGGCAGCACUCCACUCUCAUCUCCUGUAGUUGAUUUCUACCUAAGUCCUGGACCCCCCAGCAACUCUCCACUUACUACACCUACCAGAGACUACCCGGGAAACCCCUGCAUUCCAAAGUCUGGGAUUCACAUGCUCUAUCCCAUCCCUGAAUGGCCAUCAAAUGUUAACCCUCCUCCAUCCCCUGGGAUUUGCCCAUCCCUAGCCUCACCGAAACCGAGCAGCCUUCCUUUGAACCCCUCACCUAAUGACCAUCCAGGUAGGACUUUGGUCUCCAAAUCAGCAGAUGAAGGAAGCCCUAACCCACCAGGAAGCUGUGAGGAGCUGGUUCCAGGACACUUUCCGUACUUCCACAGUGACUGUGCUUUUUCCAGUCCUUUUUGGAAGGAAGGGUGCUCCCCCAGCAUGUCGCCAGCUAAUGUUAGCACGCUCAGGAAGGACAAAGUGCUUGACAGGAGCGGGUGUCAUCCUAGAGACAAAGAAACAUGUCAUGAUCAGAAAAGCCUCAACCAGGGCUCCUUUAGUUACAUCUGUGAGAGACUUGAACACCUGCAAGCUGACAGCUGUGAGACUGUGGAAAACCCACCCAUCUCCAGCACCCAUGCGUGGCCCAAGCUCUCCCCCACCAUCCCACACAGCCUCUUCAGGAGCCAGAAAUCAGAUGGGUGGCCGUUCAUGCUGAGAAUUCCUGAAAAGAAGAACAUGAUGUCAUCUCGGCAGUGGGGCCCUAUUUACCUGAGCGUCCUGCCUGGAGGGGUGUUACAGAUGUAUUAUGAAAAGGGCCUGGAGAAACCUUUCAAGGAAUUCCAGCUGCAGCCGCAGUGCAAGCUGUCUGAACCCAAACUGGAGAGCUACAGUGUCUCAGGAAAAAUCCACACUGUGAAGAUUGAGUGCGUGUGUUACACAGAGAAGAGGAGGUACCACCCCAAAGUAGAGGUGACCCAUGAACCGGAGGUGGAGCAGAUGUUAAAGCUGGGCACCACCGAUUAUAACGACUUCACCGAUUUCCUCGUGACGGUCGAGGAGGAACUCAUGAAACUUCCUACUGUUUCCAGACAAAAGAGGAAUUAUGAAGAGCAAGAAAUGACUCUGGAAAUAGUGGAUAACUUUUGGGGAAAGGUCACUAAAGCAGAAGGAAAACUUGUAGAAAGUGUGGUCAUCACACACAUUUACUGCCUGUGUUUUGUGAAUGGCGGUGCUGAGUGUUUUCUAACCCUGAAUGACCUGGAGCUCCACAAGAGGGACGAGCGUUACUUUGAGAAGGAGCAGGAGAAGAAGUGGAUCGAUAUUCUCGACUGCCAUUUCCAUAACUGUGUCAAAGCACAGGAAUUCGAGCAAUCACGGAUUAUUAAGUUUACACCCCCAGAUGCCUGCAGACUGGAACUGAUGCGUUUCAGGACACACUACAAUGGGCAAGACCUUCCCUUUUCUGUGAAGGCUGCAGUGGUUGUUCAGGGGGCAUACAUUGAACUUCAGGCUUUCAUAAACAUGUCUUCAACUGCUCAGAUCCCGACACGUUUACCCUCAGUGAAAUACUGUGAAAAUGUUAUGAUACGCUUUCCUGUUCCCACACAGUGGAUCAAAGCUCUUUGGACCAUGAACCUCCAAAGGCAGAAGUCCCUAAAAGCGAAAAUGAACAGGAGAGCAUGCCUUGGGGCUUUGCAUGAGGUUGAAUCUGAUCCCGUAAUCCAAGUCUCGGUUGGAACAGCAAAAUAUGAGAGUGCCUACAGGGCCGUGGUGUGGAAGAUUGACAGGCUUCCAGAUAAAAAUUCAAGUUUGGAUCAUCCACACAGCCUGUCUUACAAACUGGAACUGGGAUCAGACCAGGAGAUACCAUCUGACUGGUACCCAUUUGCUACUGUCCAGUUUGUUGUUCACGAUACCUGUGCCUCGGGAACAGAAGUGAAGUCCCUGGGCAUAGAGAGCGAUCUGCAGCCCCAGAAACAUGUGGUUCAGAAAGCUUUUUACAAUUGCCAGGUUGAAAUUGAAAAGAAGUGGAUUAGGCUUGAUGGAGAAGACCCAGAUAAGGCUGGCAACUGCCUAAUGCAAUGAGAGAGGACGGGAGGCACCGUCAUAGGAUAUUAGUAGGAAUCAAUUUACAUAGGAAAUUCUAUUGUUAGAAGAAGAGCAGUGACCUAGUUUAGGGUAAACACGGUCAUUGAAAUUUUUUUUGUGCUUAUGGAUUUGAGUCUACAAAUCAGUACUCAUUUGACUGGCCUGCAUUCAAGUAAACUUCCUGUCAUGGGAGUCCUGGUACGAGUAAGGUCUCCUUGUCAGAGUGGCAGGAUGUGAGCACUUCAUUGACUGAUUCUAAUGUAUAAUUUUCCUGUUGUGGAUCUGUGACUUGGGAAUGACCUCAUACCCUGUAUUGAAACCUAAUGGCACUACUCAAAGGGUUCAUGUCACUUGGACAUAAAAUAGUUGGUUAUAAAAACUUCCAGAGUGCUUAUGAUUUAUCAGCACCUGUGUAAGGUCCAGAAGGACCAAUUACAAUUUUUAGUGCUGUUUGAAAACUCAAGUCCCUCAUGUUUUGGCUCCCCUUGAUGUAUGUGAGCAGAACAAGUCCAGAUAAUAUUCUCAACAAGAGCCUUAAUUAAUGAGUUGGAAACUGGGUGAUUUCAUUGGGAAAAAGGGUCCUCUGCAGUAAUAUUCUUUAUUCUUCUGUGGCUGCAACAGUUUCCUUCUCAGAACUUUAUAAGUUCACUCAAAACAAUCUCUUGGGCAAAAAAAACCCCAUAUGGCAGAUGUGAUUGAAGUUUCUGUGCCAGCAUUAGACAGUUAAUUUUCACUACUGUAGCAAGUGAGAUAAGGGGUGGAUUCUCAGUGAAUGUAAAUCAGUCCAGGCCCAUUUCAUCUGAUGAGGCUUGGAGAAUUUACACCAGAGGAGGUUUCCCCCCACGAGCUGGAGAAAACAUUUGUUGCUGUUGCUGCUGUUUGCUCUGUCUCCUUUAGGAUGCAAGUUCCAGAUGUUGGUAUGGAAACUGCAGGAGCUGUGGCUUUGAGUAACUUUUAAGACAUGCAUGGAAAAGGAGAUGUUUUCAUGCUCGUGGCUCUAAAGACAUUUUCCACAGGAAAAUAAUGCAGGAAUGGACUGUCACAAGAGACAUGAAGCUGUGACGCUUCAUCAGGCAGCCUGAGCUACUAAUCACUAAUGUCAAUGUGUUCACUGUGUUUUCAACAAACAAUUGGCCUUUAGGGAAAAUUUAAACUAAAAUUUAAACUUAUUUAAACUAAAAUUAGUGGUGAACAGAAGUAUAGUAAUGCACUGCCUCACUUUAUAUUUUGUACAGCUUGUAACUGUUUAUAUGAACAUGGUGUAAAAAUACAGAUAUAUGGCAUUCCCCAAAAGUAGAAAUAUGUGGGAUAUACACAGAGAAAAUUACCAGUCUGAGGAAACAGAAGACCAUAAUAUGAACCUAGUUCAUCACAAUAAACUUUUCCCCCCAUCCAGAAGCUGAGAAUGAAAUGGGUAAUAGAUUCUAUAGUAAGUCCUGAGGGCAGGUUUUUUUAUGGGUAUUGCAUUGCCAAAGCCCCAAAUAGACUAUUAUGGUAUUUGGGCUUCUCUAUAUAUCCCUUUUUAUUAACAGAUUAUAUCGUUAUAAAUCUAAGCAAGCGUUGGACUAUAGUAGCGAUCCAAAUAUGUCUCAGCUGUUGCAUCCUCCGUCUGUGUUUUGACUUGAGAAGCCAUUAGCACCUUCAAGUCAUGUUUGGUGUGUUUUAUUAAUGUUUAAUUUUGGUUUAUAUUCUGCUCAGCUGAACUAAGUGGCACAGUGUUGCCACCAGGGCAAAGUGUUUAUACUUAGCAACGUGGCAAGCUCUGCAGUUUGCUGAAGUCCACAGCUACAAUAUUUAUUAACCUCUUUGCUCAGUGAGGUAGAGGAAGCAAAAUAUACAUUGCAAUUACCUGCAGUUACCUUUGUCUGAGGCUGACUUGUUUUGAUUGGCAUUGAACAGCUAGUUUGGUAAACCUAAUAAUAGUGGUUGCUCUCCAAGGCAUGUCUCGCCCAGCUGGCCCCUAUUUUUCUGUUUUUAAGAAGGAGGAACCAGAAUAUCUCCAUUCCAUCUCUCUUUCAUCUUAGGAUCUCCAUUGACAGCACUCACCUCCUGGGCAUUGGGUACCUGGUGGUGUUACAAGUCCUGCAGAAGCUCUGGCUGCUUUUCUGCUCUCAGGUGUCUGCUGUAUCUCAGGAUGUGUUUAAGGAGCCUGUGUAGUGUUGACCCUUCAAGAUACAAGCUUUCUUUUGUGUUGUCUUGAGCAUAACUUACUGAACAAAUAUUCUUAACUUUAAGACUCAUUGCUAAGAUUUUCCAUGAAUGUUACAGUAGCUGAUACUGAGUAAACAUACAGGCUCUGAAUUCUUUAGAAAUCUGGGCUACAAGUAGUCUAACUGUGAUUUUGGGAAGGGGAAUGGAGAUGAAGAACAACUGCUAUAAGCUGUUGUGAUGCAUAAGCAGUGUCCAGCUAGCAAAAGGACUGGAGCUUUAAAUAACCCACGAGGUACUGGCAUCAUGUGAGGAGCCAGGUUUCACACGUGUCAGAUCUCUGCUUCCUGCAGCGAGCGCCCGCAGUCACUGAAAUGCUUCCAACUGUUUGGGUCACUUAAGAUGCUGACAUUUCACUAACAUUUACUUCAGGGCAGUGUUUAGAUGUUAUCUUUGUUUCCUUCACAAAGGACUAGCAGGGUUUGGAAGAUUUUAUAUUUAAAAUAGAAAUCAAUGAGAACAACUAUUUUUAUAGUGUGUUUGCCUUACUUACAAAGUGUUGUAUUUGCUGAAACCGACAAACUUUAUCUUUGCAUCCAUCUUUCUCGUACUAAUUGUAUUACUCCAGGUAAAUGGUACUUGAUGUAAUUUUGGAUUCAAACACCCAUUGAAGUCAGUGGAAGUCUUUUAACUGACAAAAUAGGAUCUGCAUCAAAGUCUCUAAGAAUAAAAGGCAAAAAAAAAAAAAAAGAAGAAA